GUCCUGUAGCUCAAUACGGAAGUUUCUGCCUUUUCUCAUUGCACAAGCGACUCUCUCUUUCUCCCUCCUCCGCGUGUGUUUGCACAAGUUUAUCUCCGAUUUUCAGCGCCGUGCUCACAAUACACACACACACACACACACACACACACACACACACACACACACACACACACACAGCCGACCAGGAUGACUUUAAAACGGCUUUAAACGCUGGACCUCAGGCCUUGAAGACUUUCUCACUCUUGUGUAUGAGUCCUUGAUCAGUUCCCCUGCCCACAGACACACACACGCACAAACAAAUCCUCCGUAUGGAACCCAGUGCAGGAUCCAAAAAGACAGUAUGGGGUAACCUGCGCCAGAAAGCCAAGCCGUUGAUCCACUACGUCCGCGGCAACAGCCAAAGACACAUCAGGUCACAGGUUAGACCAGAGCGAGCGUUGGACCAUAGGACCAGCUCUUCAGUGCCUUCUUCCCCUUCCCAACCAGCCCGGCUUCCCGCUGCCAGCAGUCCCUCCACACCUGUCAAUCAGCCUGUGUUAGAGACAAGGGGCGGGGCCCAGUGUUCUGAGUCGCCAGCUGGGCCUACGAACUUAUCUGAUUGGAUACCACAGGACUUGGUGGAUGGCGGUGUUGAUGAGGAGCAGGACUUCUUGGACGCUGUAGAUGAGAUGGAGCUUCUCCCAGAGAACUCAACAGAGCAGAGGAAACGGGUUGAGAACCACCAUGACACUGAUGAUUCUUUCCAUGGCCCUGAGCAACCUGAAGUCGUGGACAUGGCCGGGGAGAGCGGGAGUCCCUGUGAGCUACAUAAGGAACCUCAGAAAUCCUACCUGCUCUCCAUUAACCUGAAAGAGGGCCGAGGCCUUGUCAUCAGAGACCGCUGUGGUACGAGUGACCCGUAUGUGAAAUUCAAGCUCGAGGAAAAGACGUUGUACAAAAGCAAAGUGAUCUAUAAGAAUCUCAACCCAACCUGGAAUGAGUUUUUCUCCUUCCCCAUCCGUGACCUACAAAAGAAACUGCACAUCAAGGUCUAUGAUCGAGAUCUGACCACAGAUGACUUCAUGGGCUCCAGCAGCGUGCUCCUGAGUGAACUGGAACUUGAGAAGACAGUAGAAAUGGUACUACAUCUCACUGAUCCCAACAGUCUGGAAGAUGACAUGGGUGUGAUUAUCAUUGACAUUAGUCUGUCAGUCAGAGAUGGAGAAAACAAACAAAAUAAGUGGGUUCAGAAGAGAAAACGAAGUAUGAAGGCGAGCUCGUCCCCGCAGACCCGGCGUCUCGCUGAGUCUCUGAAGAAGAGCCAGCUGUGGUCUGGAGUCCUGAGCAUCACGCUGGUGGAGGGACACAAUCUACCUGACGAUGGACCUGGAGACAUGUUUGUUCGCUUCAAACUCGGUGAACAGAAAUACAAGAGCAAGAGUCAGUGCAAAAAGGCCAACCCUCAGUGGAGAGAGAGGUUCGACUUUAAGCAGUUCAUUGAUGGGCCAAACUUUUUGGAGAUAAGUGUCUGGGCCAAAGAGGGCCGGAGAUACGAGGAAUGUUAUGGACAGUGUGAAGUUGACAUAUCUGCGCUGAAGGAGAACAAAUGUCAGUUGUUCACGUGUAGCCUGGACCAGUGUCGAGGCAAAGUGGUUUUCCUCAUCACUCUGACGAGGUGCAGCGGCGUGUCCAUUACUGACCUGUGUACGCCCCUACUGGACGAGCCACAUGAGAGAGAAAACCUGAUAAACAAAUAUAGCUUCAGGAGCUCCUUGAAGAAUUUAAAGGACAUCGGCUUCCUUCAGGUCAAAGUGAUCAAGGCUUCAGACGUCAUGGCUGCAGAUUUAAAUGGGAAGAGUGAUCCGUUCUGUGUGCUGCAAUUGGGAAAUGACAGACUGCAGACUCAUACAAUCUACAAAACUCUUCACCCUGAGUGGAAUAAAGUCUUUACAUUUCCAGUCAAAGACAUCCAUGAUGUAUUGGAAGUUACAGUCUUUGAUGAGGAUGGAGACAAGGCCCCAGAUUUCCUGGGGAAAGUGGCCAUUCCUUUACUCUCGGUACGUAACGGCCAGCUGAUUUCUUGCCCGUUGAAGAAAGAGGACUUAUUAGGAUUAUCCAAAGGAACCAUUUUGUUAGAGCUUGAGGUCAUGUUUAAUCCAAUCAAAGCAAGCAUCAGGACCUUCAACCCAAAGGAGAGGAAAUUCCUUGAAGAAAAUCCGAAGUUUUCUAAAAAGGUCCUGGCAAGAAAUGUUCUCCGUGUGAGGAACAUCUAUAGAACGUUGAGUCAAAUGUUGCAGUAUAUCAAGAGCUGUUUCCAGUGGGAGAGUGUCCAGCGGAGUAUCUUUGCAUUUGUGAUCUUUGUGCUCACAGUGUGGUACUGGGAGUUCUACAUGUUCCCUCUGUUCCUAGUCAUACUAUUCAUAUGGAGCUAUGCUCAGGCCGCCUAUGAGCGGGGCGGCCAGGAAAUGGACAGUACACAUAGUGAUGAUGAGGAUGAAGACGAGAAGGAAUCUGACAGAAGAGGUUUGAUAGAUAAGAUCCACAUGGUCCAGGAUACUGUUGUCACUGUCCAGAACUUGUUGGAGGAAAUUGCAUGCUUUGUUGAAAGAAUAAAAAACACGUUUAAUUGGUCAGUGCCGUUCUUAUCAAACCUGGCCUUCCUGGUUCUCAUCAUUGUCACAGUGAUCACAUACCUCAUCCCGCUGCGCUACAUUAUUCUUCUUUGGGGUAUAAAUAAAUUCACGAAGAAACUACGGAAUCCAUAUGCUAUUGAAAGCAACGAAGUGAUGGAUUUCCUCUCCAGAGUGCCUUCAGAUGUCCAAAAGGAACAGUAUUUGGUUCCUAAACCCGUCCACGUUCAUAGUGCUUACAGAAGAAAGAGAGCUGUCCAGUAGAGAUCCAGACCUGAGCUCAUCUUCAAAGACACUUGGUUAAUAUCAGUGACACUACAUAUCCACUCAAUUCUCUCUGCUUAUUUAAAUGGAUCAUUUUAAAAUCCCAAUAAUUUUAAAAAUGAUUUGUUUAUUUUAAUAUCAGUUAAUUAUUUUAAAUUGUUUAUUAUUCUGCGUGCUGUGCAACGUUUUAAGUGACUUAAAAAUCAAACUUUCCCUUACUUGGGGGGUUACUAGUGGGUUAGUACCAGAGAAAUUCAUUUUAAGAAGGAUUUUUAAUCAUCUAAGCUUGUGGUCAUUUUAUUUUCAGUGUCCUCCACUAAUAUUGGCACCCUUGGUAAAUAUGAGCAAAGAAGGCCGUGAAAAACUGUCUUCGUUGUUUAACCUUUUGAUCUUUUUUUCAAAACACUUCACAAAAAUACUCUGCUCUCAUGGAUAUCAAACCAUUUCAAACACAACACAGGCUUAUCCAAUAAAAAAUAUCUUUGUUAAAUUACUGGCACCCCAGGAACUUGUUCAACCAUGAUCUCCUGUUUUACAGGGGUAUAAAUAUGAGCAGGGGCAUCACUAGACCCUUUUAACUGGGGCACGAGCCCCAGUAAAAUUUUUCUGUGCCUGAGUAAAAUGUUUCCUGAUAAAUAAUUGACUUGUUAUUACAUAACUGAAUGUCAGUAAAGGAAGAUUGCAUUGUAAUUUUAAAUCUUCAGUAAACAGAGUGUUGUAUUUUAUUUCCACAUAUUUUCCUGUAAACCCUGUGUGAUUGGUCUCGCCUCCAUACACUGCUGUCUUCUUUUACUGACGUUCAGUUAUGUAGUGACAAACCGCUAUAUUAUAAUUAUUCAGGGCUAAAGAAAAAUUUUCAGGGCUACAGCCCCAAAAGCCCAGGCCAUGUUACACACCUGUUAGACAGCAGGGACAAACGUUGAAUUUGAAUGAUCUACAUUUCAAUGCAGAAUUUCAUUUCUCUACCCCUGAAAUAAAUCUUUUAUAACCUGGACCUGAAUCUACAAUCAAAAGAUCAACAGAUUACCCAGAUAUGGUAAAAAAAAAAAAAAAAAAACUAUCAAAGCAUUAACCCUUUCACACUUAAGUUUAAAAUAUUCCAACUGGGUGCCAGGGUGAGGUUUUUUUAAAAUUAUUAUUUAUUUAUUUAUUUAUUUAUUUAUUUAUUUGAAAACAAAUUUAUGCAAUCAUUAUGCCCCCAGUCCGCCUCUAUAAAUUUUGAAGUACUUUUGUCAAAUUCGUGGGGGGGCUAUGCCCCAGUACUGAUCAAACUCUAGAAACGCCCAUGAAUAUGAGGUAACAUUUACAUUUACAUUUAUUCAUUUAACACAUAGGCCAAAUUCCCUUAGUCAUUCAUAACAAUGGGUUAGACCAAGGAAUAUAGCUGUGAUGUGUGGCAAAAGGUUGUUGAGCUUCACAAAAUGGGAAGUGGCUAUAAGAAAAUAGACCAAGCAUUGAAAAUGCCCAUUUCCACCAUCAGGGCAAUAAUUAAGAAGUUCCAGUCAACUGAACAUGAACCAACCUGGAAUUGGACGUGUGUCUAUAUUGUCUUAACACACUGUGAAGAGGAUGGUUCGAGUGGCCAAAAAAUCUCCAAGGAUCACAGCUGGAGAAUUGCAGAAGUUAGUUGUGUCUUGGGGUCUGAAAAUCUCCAAAACUACAAUCUGAAGUCACUUACAUCACCACGAGUUGUUUGGAGGGGUUUCAAGAAAAAAGCCUCUACUCUCAUCCACAAACAAACUCGAGUGUCUUCAGUUUGCCAGACACUACUGGAACUUCAAAUGGGAUCGGGUUCUCUGGUCCGAUGAAACCAAAAUAGAGCUUUUUGGCAAUAAACCCCAGAGGUGGUUUUAGCACACACAGAGAGGUAGCCAUAUGGAAAAGUACCUCAUGCCCAUGGUUAAAUAUGCUGGUGGCUCUUUAAUGUUUUGGGGCUGUUUUUCUGCCAGAGUACCUGGACAGUUUGUUAGGAUACAUGGCUUCAUGGGCUCUAUCAAAUAUCAAUAGAUAUUAAAUGAAAACCUGACUGCCUCUGCCAGAAAACUUAAAAUGGGGCAUGGUUGGAUCUUCCACAAGGACAAUGAUCCAAAACACAUCAAAAUCAACACAAAAAUGGUUUACUGACCACAAAAUCAAGGUCCAUGCCAUGACCAUCCCAGUCCCCUGACCUGAAUAAACUGAAGAGGAGAGUCCACCAGUGUGAAAUUUGAAGGAUCUGGAGAGAUUCUGAAUGGAGUCUCAGAUCCCUUGCCAUGUAUUCUCCAACCUCAUCAGGCAUUAUAGGAGAAGACUCGGAGCUGUUCUCUUUGCAAAGAGAGGUAGCACAAAAUAUUGACUGAAAAGGUUUUUUGAUAAACCUGUCUUGUGUUUACAAUUGUUUGAUAUCCAUGAGAGCAGAGAAUUUUUGUGAUUUAUUUUUUUAAACAAAUGAUCAAAGGGUUUAAACAAUAAAGACAAUUUUUUUCACAGCCUUCUUUGCUCAUAUUUACCAAGGGUGCCGAUAUUAAUGGAGGGCACUGUAUAUAUGUAUAUGCAUAUGGUUACUCCACAGGAACCACUGAUCUAAGUUUGCUUUAAAGGGGUGGAAUCCACACAGAUACUACUCCCAGACGCUAUGGGCUGCAUCCUAAACUGCACAGUGUUUAGCAUAUACUGUAUACUGUAUACUUGAUAUUUUAAGGACUCAACCUCCAAGUUGCUAAUUACUGAGUUAUAAGAGAGUGCAAUAUACUGCGAUACCUGUUGUCUCUUGGACCAGGAUGCAUUUUAUGGUGUAGCAGUACAUGUAUGUGCAAAGUUUGUGGUUUUCACAGUAAGCCUUAGUGGUGGCGUUUUAAACUAUUCAUCUUUCAUAGAUCAAUGUAACUUAUAAGAGAUUUACACUUCAAAAUGUUGAUAUAUUUUUGUACUUUUAAGACUUUUAUAAUGAUUAUGUGUCAUUAUGAUUGUAAAAAAAAAAAUAAUAAUCCAUUUUAUCGGAUCCAUACGGAACUUUAAGAAGCAGAAGUGCCUUCUGUGUAUGCUGUAUAAUUGUAAAUAAAACUGAUUUGAAUUUGUACUUUCCGAACCACAUACAUCUAUAUGUGUUACAGACUUGUGUAGGAGAUUAUUGAGGACAUUGACACUUGUAUCUCUUGUUUACCAUUGACCAUACUUUUCAAUUAUUUUCCAUAUGUGUAACAACUUCUGCAACACAUUACCGACUCACUUUGGUUUCUUCUCUGGGUGUAUACGGGAUUAAUGUAUGCAGUAUCUUGAUCUUUUGCACAGAAAAUGUUCACUAAAUUUGACUCACUGUUCACUGUACAGUGGUCCAGAACACAAUAAACUCAGUAAAUCUGCAAAAA